AGUUUCGCCUUUUUUACUUAAUUUUUGAAGAAGCAGGAUGAUGAUCUAGACGUGGAAAAAGACCAGUCCUGCUGCUGUAUUAGAAGACAUGUGGUGUAUAUAAAGUUUGUGAUAGUUGGUGGAAAUUUUGGAAUUUAGAUAAUGGGCUGUGUGCAAUGUAAGGAUAAAGAAGCAACAAAACUGACAGAGGAGAGGGAUGGCAGCCUGAACCAGAGCUCCGGGUACCGCUAUGGCACAGACCCCACUCCUCAGCCCUACCCCAGCUUCGGUGUGACCUCCAUCCCAAACUACAACAACUUCCAUGCAGCCGGGGGCCAAGGACUCACUGUCUUUGGGGGUGUGAACUCUUCCUCUCACACUGGGACCUUGCGUACAAGAGGAGGAACAGGGGUGACACUGUUUGUGGCUCUUUAUGACUACGAAGCUCGGACGGAAGAUGACCUAAGUUUUCACAAAGGAGAAAAAUUCCAAAUAUUGAACAGCUCGGAAGGAGAUUGGUGGGAGGCUCGCUCCUUGACAACUGGAGAGACAGGCUACAUUCCCAGCAAUUAUGUGGCUCCAGUUGACUCAAUCCAAGCAGAAGAGAACACUGCUUCCUCCCUGGAACCUUGGGAAUGUGCCCCCACCGGAAAGGGAGAAAAGAAACGUCAGUCACUGAGCCCAGCCUUUGGCUCUGGUGCCUAUUCACUUUCCAUCCGUGACUGGGAUGAUAUGAAAGGAGACCAUGUCAAACAUUAUAAAAUUCGUAAACUUGACAAUGGUGGAUACUAUAUCACCACCCGGGCCCAGUUUGAAACACUUCAGCAGCUUGUACAGCAUUACUCAGAGAAAGCUGAUGGUUUGUGUUUUAACUUAACUGUGAUUUCAUCAAGUUGUGCUCCACAAACUUCUGGAUUGUCUAAAGAUGCUUGGGAAGUUGCACGUCACUCGUUGUGUCUGGAGAAGAAGCUGGGGCAGGGUUGUUUUGCUGAAGUGUGGCUUGGUACCUGGAACGGAAACACAAAAGUAGCCAUAAAGACUCUUAAACCAGGCACGAUGUCCCCUGAAUCGUUCCUUGAGGAAGCACAGAUCAUGAAGAAGUUGAAGCAUGACAAGUUGGUGCAGCUCUAUGCGGUGGUGUCUGAGGAGCCCAUCUACAUUGUCACUGAGUAUAUGAAUAAAGGAAGUUUACUUGAUUUCUUAAAAGAUGGAGAAGGAAGAGCCCUGAAAUUACCAAAUCUUGUUGACAUGGCAGCACAGGUUGCUGCAGGAAUGGCUUACAUUGAGCGCAUGAAUUACAUCCACAGAGAUCUGCGGUCAGCAAACAUUUUGGUAGGGAAUGGACUAAUUUGCAAGAUUGCUGACUUUGGACUGGCCCGGCUGAUUGAAGACAAUGAGUACACAGCAAGGCAAGGUGCAAAGUUCCCCAUAAAGUGGACAGCCCCUGAAGCAGCCCUGUAUGGGAGGUUCACAAUCAAGUCUGAUGUGUGGUCUUUUGGAAUCUUACUCACAGAGCUGGUCACCAAAGGAAGAGUGCCAUACCCAGGCAUGAACAACCGGGAAGUGCUGGAGCAGGUGGAGCGCGGCUAUCGGAUGCCUUGCCCACAGGACUGCCCCAUCUCUCUGCACGAGCUCAUGAUCCACUGCUGGAAAAAGGACCCUGAAGAACGUCCUACCUUUGAGUACUUGCAGGGCUUCCUGGAAGACUACUUUACCGCCACAGAGCCCCAGUAUCAGCCUGGUGAAAACCUGUGAGAGCUGGGUCUGCAGAGAGGCCUUGUCCCAGAGGUCUCCCCACCCCUCCCCAUUAGCUUCCAAUUCUGUAGCCAGCUGCCCCAGGCAGCCAGAACCGUCCAGGAUCAGAUUGCAUGUGACUCUGAAGCUGACGAACUUCCAUGGCCCUCAUUAAUGACACUUGUCCCCCAAAUCCGAACCUCCUCUGUGAAGCAUACGAGACAGAACCUUGUUAUUUCUCAGACUUUGGAAAUGCAUUGUAUCGAUGUUAUGUAAAAGGCCAAACCUCUGUUGAGUGUAAAUAGUUACUCCAGUGCCAACGAUCCUGAUCCUCGUGCUUUCCUUUUUUUAAAAUGCAAAUCCUAUGUGAUUUUAACUCUGUCUUCACCUGAUUCAACUAAAAAAAAAAAGUAUUAUUUUCCAAAAGUGGCCUCUUUGUCUAAAACAAUAAAAUUUUUUUUCAUGU